GUCUUGUUGAAAACAAAAUAGAUAAGGUGACAGUUAGGAAAGAAUGCUCAAAUUGGAUUUGGAAUCAUGAUAACAACACAAUUUACUUGCUGCCUAAUAAUUCUUUUUCGAAUUUCAAGUUUAGAAAGCAAUGAAGAAGCAAACUGUAGACGUCAACCUCAUACAGAUGAAUGCAAUAAUAGCGGAUGGUUAUGGAAUUGUAGUCAAUUGAACUUAAAACGAAUUCCUAGUUUCACCACAGAAAAAACUGAAGGCAGAACGUUUUCGAUUGACCUCUCCAGAAAUAAGUUUACAUCGAUUUCCCAACCUACUUUCACAGGUGUCAAGAAAGGGCUUUUGAGGAACGUAACAGCUUUAUACUUCAGAUAUAAUGAUCUACAAAUUAUAGAGAGCUUUUCUUUUAAAUGGCUGUAUAAACUGUGUGUUCUGGAUGUUUCAUACUGUAAACUUCACACAGCUUCUCUCAGAGAAUGUGCAUUCUCAAAUCUUGGAAAAUUGGAAAUUUUAUACGCACAAGGCAAUGUCUUUCACAAAAUCCGCAACAAACGUAAAGGUUAUCCUGAUCGAGAAAUAACAAGAUUGCUAUCUUUGAAAACGCUUCAUAUUGAUGUAUUUGAAGGAUUUAUCUUUAAAAGCGAUUUCAAACGUCUAAAAAGAUUGAGCGAUGUGGAAUUCUAUACCACCGGGUCCAUGUUCCACUUAACCAACAACACAUUUAGCGGAUUAUCAGAUUCACCCAUCCAUAACUUGAGGAUGAUAUUUGUGUACGACGUGCAUUGUGACGUCAGUGAAUAUCUCUUUUGUUAUUUUCCAUAUCUAAAGGGUGUUGAAAUGAACUUUGGAGGUAUAUGUGGCUUGAGUGUAGUACUUAGAACCUUAAAGUGUCUGCAAAACCGAAGGAUAGACUAUAUACAUGCUAUUGAAAAUGUUCCAUAUAUUGUUCGCCAACCUUUUAUUCUAAAUGAAAGUAAUUGCGAAUAUCUACUGAGUGUCUGCGUCAAGGAAGUAGAUUUUAGCAGUAACCGAAUCGCAGGUAUUUCUGUAGAACCACAUGGAUCAACUAUGGGAAAAUGUAUUGAACAUCUUAAUUUCUCCCGUAACAGGAUUGAAGUUAUAGAUUUCUCUAUUGUGCUCAAUUUGAUGCAAAAUUACCCUAAACUAAAAUACUUAGAUCUUAGUUUUAAUAACAUAAGGUGUGUGGCGGAUAUCGCUGAUGAUUCAGUCCAAACGCAUUUGAACGGGACACCGACUUUUACAUUUACGUUCUCAAAGGAAUUAGAAACUUUGCUAUUUUCUCACAAUCACAUUCACGUUCUCAGUGAUUCUUAUAAGAUUUAUUUGAACUUUGUAGGCGAAGGGUUAAAGGUGCUGAAUAUGUCUCAAACAAAUUUUCCAUUUAGAAUUCUUAGGCAGAUGAAUUUCCCCCAGUUGCAAAUUCUUGAUAUUUCUGACAACAACUGCAGUGAUAUUUCGUUUCAGUUAUUACAACAAACAACAAAAUUGGAACAAUUUGGAGCGUCAAACACGAACAUGAAUUUAAAUGCUGGACUAAACAUGAGUAAAAUCUUCCGAGGUCUGAAAAACCUUCGUCAGCUAGACCUGCGAAAGCUUUUCAUUCAUAAACUUCCGCCAUCUCUUUUGAAAGAUCAAACACAUUUAUCCGGUCUUUAUCUUGAGAACAACUAUCUAUCGUCUAUUCCAUCUGCAGUGGAACCUUUACUCAACCUAACGCAUUUAUAUCUUCAAUCUAACAAAAUUUCGUCAUUGAAACCCUCUGAUUUUCACACACUCCAGAAUCUCAAAAAAGCGCAGAUCUUUAUCAAAGGAAACCCUUUAAAUUGUGAUUGUUUACACAUCUCCUCACUUCGAUGGAUGAAAAACAAUCAGCAUCUCUUUGGAGAUUUGCAUGAAACUGAAUGCAUGGAAAAAUCAUCCACAAUUUCAAAACUAUUCGAUGAAGAAAAUUUUGCAGAAUUUGAGAAGAAAUGCCAAUCUCAAAUGUGGUUACUCUUUUCUUCCUCUAUGUUAGUUUUAAUAAAUGCCUUAAUCAUUGUAUCAGCGCUUAUAAAGAGAUACCGCGUGCAUGUGGACUACAUUAUUCUGCGUAUUCGUAACAGAUUGAAAGGUAUACAUUUGCCCAAGAACAAAAGCUUUGAGUUCGAUGCCUUCAUAUCAUACGCUGAAGAUGACUACAAGCUGGUGACGUCAACCCUUUAUCAAGCCCUGACAAAUUUAGGUUUUGAAAUAAGCCUACCUGAUAAAGACUUCAUCCCUGGAAUGUCAAAGGUUGACCAGCUGAUACAAUCUAUUGACCACAGUCGAAAAGUCGUUUUGGUCAUUACAGAAAACUUUCUAAAGAGUGGCUGGAAUUCGUAUGCCGUCCAGAUGGCGGUGACCCAUGCCUUCCAUAACAACCGAAAACGAUCCAUCAUAGUGAUUAUCAAGGACAACAUUCCAAUAGAAAGAAUGCCAAAAGACUUGCAAUAUAUCUGGUGGUGCAUAUUGAGCAUCAGGUGGCCAGAUACUUUAGAACUAAUGGAUGGUUUCUGGGAAGAUCUUGCUACCACCUUGGCCUCAGUUUGAAAUAUGUAAAGCUCAUUUGAAAUUCAUUUAACAAUCACAUGUCAAAGAGGCAUCUUUUGACCUCACUGAUAUAUGAAAUUUGUAAUCAAUUUAGGAAUAUAUUACAACUGUAGACUUUUUAUUACUUUGGUUGAUUUUUUUUUUAUUUCAUUGGAAAAUAAUAUGCAUGCAAAAAUUUCCAGUCCCUUUAUCGAGUUUCAACUUCACUAAUUUUACAUCUACAUGUUAUUUACACUUUUAUCUUUCAAUGUCGUAUUUUUUUCGUUUUAUGAUAUUUCAUAUUAAUAAAGUACUUUUUGACAUACA